AUGAAUGAAAAUGUACUGGAUAUAGACAAAGUCGCUCUGGUUGAUGGAGACACGAUUACUGUGAACAACGGGAAAUUGACCGGAACGAAUUACCAUUUCGGUAACGGUUUUCAUACAGACUCACAGAUCGGUUCGGCGACGGUCAAUCUAGAUCUCAAAACGGAUGAAGAUUUAUCUUGGAAUCAAUCCACCGCUACCAUCUCUUCUAAAAUUACAGCAGAUGGCUCCACAAUUGUCAAGCAAGGCUCCACGCUGAAAGGUAAUUAUCAGGCGGGUCAGAACAUCAGUAUCACAGGAAAUACGAUUUCUGCAAACAUUCCGGAUGUCAACGUGUCUUCUGGUAGCGGCGUGACUGUUUCUGGAAGUUCAAAGAGCGGCUAUGUAAUCAGCGCUCAAGGUACUGAAAUCAGUGGUGGUGAAGGCAUUAUCUGUGUUGGAAGCCCAUUAACAGGUUAUACUAUUUCAUCUAUCCAGCCAUACAAAAAGAAAAAGGAAGACGAUGACCCGGAAGAGAAAAAUGAGGAUUCGGAGCCAUCUGGUGAAUCGGACCCAUUGACUGCUUCAUCUGCCCCAAGUACAGUAUCACUUGUUGGACCCCUUGGGGCGGCUCUUGGGGCAGCCAGUUCUCUUAUCGGUGCUGCACCCGCGGCUGGAGCGGUGGCUUCUGCCAGUUCGGCAUUUGGUGCUAUCGGAGCACUUGCUGGAGCGGCAGGUGGAGUGGCGGUUCUCGGGGGUCUGCUUCAAGAGUCAGGCAGACGCAGGCAAAACAAGACGAAUUCGGACGGAACGAAUAUUAUCGGGGCAGACGGGAACCCGGUUUUGGUAGACGGUAGUGAGGUUAUCAUAGCAACUUUUCCAAAAAUCAACGACACGGAUUGUGAUGUGACCCGAUUGAUGUUUGAUAAACCCCCUCCAUGUUGGUGGAGAGGUGUAGCGAAAGAGUAUGGUCAACAGUCCGUGAAUCUCGACAUAUUAAAAGAGUGGGACACGGAUGUGAAUCAACCAGCAUAUAUGAAUGUUAUAAGCCAGAACACAUCUCUGCUGCAAAGUAGCAUCGAUACCAAGUUUGAUAAGACUGGAACUCUGCCCUUUUCCCAAGUAAGUGGACUUUCAUUCACCACUGGUUUAGUUCGAAAUCCUACCACCGGUGCCGUUUCGUUGAACAGCGGACAAACCUUUAAUUCAGUCACCGUUUCAUCUGUUUUACUUUGUCCGACUCCAAUAGCCGCUGGAAAUGCUGCAAACAAAGGAUAUGUAGAUAACCUUGCGGCGACGUUGCAGCCGCUCAAUGCUCGUCUAACAAACUUCGGAAACAUUGCCCCGACAAAUACUUUUAUGCUUAUCGCAUCGGGUGGGAACUUCAUUCAGUAUUCCCCAGCAGACGUUCGUGCGAACUUGUCCUUAAAGAAUCUGAGUUUACUCGAUACGUUAGACUACACAAGUUCGGCGUUGGUGAACAAACCUGUCCUUGGCAGUCUCGCUGCGCUAAAUAGCAUUGAUUAUACGAGUACAUACAUAACAGGGAAACCUACGCUUGGCUCGCUUGCAGCACUUAGCAGUAUUGACUAUGCUUCGACGUACAUUACUGGAAAGCCAACUCUUGGUUCUCUUGCAGCACUGAGUAAUAUAGAUUACACUUCGGCUUUACUGAUAAACAAGCCUACACUUGGCAGUUUGGCGGCUAAAUCCGUUAUCAAUCUCGCAAGUACAGAUGUCACCGGAAUUCUUCCUUUUGGGUCUGUUGAUCCGAACAUUGUUAUUGCAGGAACCGGCCUCUCGAAAACCGCUCAGACGCUAAGUGUGAAUCCUGUACAAACACAAAUCACAAGUGUGGGUACUUUAACGGGUCUCACCGUUUCUGGUUCUAGCACAUUUACAGGGUCAAUAACCGUACCUACUCCAACCACGCCUUCGCAUGCUGUAACAAAAUCAUAUGUGGACGGAUUGAUUUCUACAACAUCCGGAAAUGCUCAACCUCUCAAUCCCAAAUUGACUGCUAUAUCUUCGAGCACCCCAACUCUCAAUAAUUUCCUUGUUGCAGAUGGAAGUAAUUUUGUCUCAACAACUCCAUCAGCAUCUAGAACGGCAUUAGGGCUCGGCUCCAUCGCGUUAAAGAACACCAUUACGCUCACAACAGAUGUGACAGGUAUCUUGCCAUACACGAAUCUAGACCAGAAUGUUGCAUUAAAGUCUUAUGUGGAUGCUCAAACAACAAAUGCUGGUAAUAAUCUUACAAAAACAGAUUUGAACUCGUUUGGGCUUUCCGUUGAUGGUAUUGCACAAUUUGCUCAAGUUCGAGCGUCUGACCUGAUUGUCUCUGGAAACAGCGAUUUGCAGGAUGUGACGGUUAAUGCUAGUUUGAACGUAAUUGGUAGUUCUAGCCUAAGCGGACUUAAUGUCACGGGUAACGCAAAUGUAUCUGGUGUAUUGAAUGUCAGCGGAACCGCCACUGUGUCUACACCAACAUCGGCUAUGCACGCGACAACAAAAGCCUACGUUGAUGGUCUAGUUUCAACUGCUGGGACCGGAUUGACAAAAACUGGAAAUGUUUUCAGCAUCAAUGCUAGUCAAUCAGGAAUCACAUCUCUGGGGAAUGCUGCAUCGAAUGUUCAAAUUGCCGGAACGACUGAUUCUACCUCGAUUACAUCAGGUGCGCUCCAAGUUGUUGGAGGAGUUGGUGUGGGGAAAAGUGUGGUGGUUGGCGGCACCGUAUUCCUAGGAGGAACAACAGCGAACCUGAAUACCACAACAGGACAGACUCUGAAUAUAAAUAACGCUGCAUCGACUGUAGUUACUUCUACUCUUGACUCCAACGCUAUAAAUGCUGGUUCUCUCCAAGUUGCAGGUGGAGUCGGUAUAUCUAAAGCGUUAUGGGUUGGCAACGGAAUAACAGUUAAAGAAUCUGUGGCUGGAAAUGGAACAGGUUUGAGUAUAAUAAACUCCAAUGGGGGUGGCUGGUAUUGGUGGCAUAUAGGACAAACGAGUGCAUCAGGAACCAAUAAUUUGGGUCUUUGGAACACCUCCGCAGGUGCUUUGCAAGUUGCCGGAGGCGUUGGAAUUGCGAAAAAUCUGUAUGUCGGUGGUACUGCAACACUAUCAGUCACCACAGGCUCAUCACAGACAGCGUUGAAUAUGACAGGAAAUGGCAGCAAUUAUGUUCAAUUCGGAUUCACAAAUACAAGUGUAACGAACUCUGGUUUUUAUUUUGGCAUUAACGGUUCAUCCGGUGUAAAUACCGGGCCAGGGGGGUUCUACCUGUACAACAGUUUGACCCAAACCUUGCCUUUACAAGUGAAGCCCACUUCAGAGGUUAUUAUUUCAUCUGUAACCGACUCCUCUUCUACAACAACUGGGGCAUUGCAAGUGGUAGGAGGGUUAGGUGUGGGGAAAAGCGUUUCCAUCGGGGGGGUUCUCACCUCAACUAUGGCGGGUACGGGCUAUACAAACGCUGCCACGUUUCUUCUACCCAAUAUGGCUACUGGAUUCUCCAACUGGAUAACCCUUGGACAGAGCAACACAUCCAUGAACUGUGGACAGAUGAGUUUCGUCUUGACAGGUACUGGCUCUGCAAACAAUUAUAUCAAACUGCAGAUAGCCAAUCAAUCAUAUGGUUUGAGUGUACGCGGGGAUGGAGCAGUUAUCGCCGAAUCUCCAGUAGAUUCAUCUUCUACAACAACAGGUGCUUUGCAAGUGUCUGGUGGCGUCGGAAUCGCAAAAUCUCUAUUUGCUGGUUCAUCGGCUACUGGAAGCCAUACACUGCAAGUAAACUCAACUUCCGUUGACGUUUUGAAACUUCAGAGUCUUUCGGCAUCUGGGUUUUCUACUAUCGGUUUCCUUAACAAUACAGGAACGGUGGUGGGAGCAUUCGGUUAUGCUGGAACUGGUACAAGUGCCCCAAACGCUGGAAACUUUUUCCUCUAUUCGGGGUCUGGCGCUAACUUUGUGAUAAACAGUAAUCUCCCAAGUGUACAGAUACAAUCAACUGCAGAUUCAACUUCGUCAACAUCAGGUUCGCUUCAGGUAAGAGGAGGGGCUGGAAUAGCGAAAUGGCUGACAAUUGGAGGCGGUGCUACCAAUUUGGGCGCUUCGGGUAGUGGGGGAAUCUCAUUCGAGUUCAGCGCUGGAGGGUCAGGAUACAGACAUUUCAUCAAAUCACGACACAACGCUGUUUCGAAUAUGGAUUCUGGGAAUGCUUUAGAUUUUUACAUGAAUAACUCGACCACAGGGACGGGUUCGUCUUCCCCCGCGACAGGAAAUGUAUUAGCGGCAUCAAUAAGUGCAGCAGGAAUUCAAGUUUGGACAACGACGGAUUCCACAGGCGUUGGAACCGGUGCGUUGCAAGUCUCUGGAGGCGCUUCUGUUGCAAAGAACGUAUAUGUUGGAGGUAACGUCUCUGUCUUGAACACUGCGGAUGCAACCUCUACAUCAGGCGCCCUUGUAGUGAGUGGAGGCGCAUCUGUAGCAAAAUCUUUAUAUGUCGGGUCAAAUCUCAAUGUGACCGGUGAUUUGAACAGUCCUGCCUUAACAUCGAAAACUACUUUGUUCCCUUACCCCACAACGCCCGCAACAGGUUCUUCAUGGAACGGGUACACUGUGAGCGCGUCUUCAGAAUAUACCUACGCAAAUGGAAACGGUGUAGAUGGAUACACUGGUCAUCCAUUCGACGCUUACAUGAAUGCGAGUAUUGCAUCCAGAUUACGAUGGGCGACCGCAAGCACUUCAACAGCCAAUUUAGGCUUAGAUGGAACAACACAGAGUUUGCAUUGGUCGUUAUUGAGACUCCCGUCGGCCAUUGCUAUGGCUUCUCUUAAACUCACCGCCUACCUGAUGGACGCCGUGGCGAUGCCUACUACGUUCUCCGUGAUUGCCGGAACAACCGAGUCGGCUAUGGUAACAAUCGCAACGUUUUCGAAUAUACCUGGUUCUACUUGGACCACUGAUGGAAAUACGUUUAGUUUUGCAAACACCACGCCUUAUGUAGUAUGGGGUAUCGCAUGGCAGUACGCGAAUCAGACAGCAACAGGAGGGGUCGCUAUCCGCCAGAUUCAGUUCAAUCAGGCUGUUCCGAAAGCGACCCUUGUCAGUGCUUCUGCAAACAAUAUAGAUGUUUCGGGUGCGAUAACUACGGGAACCGUUUCAUCAAGUGGUUCAGCAACUGUGAAUUCCUUGACAUGCAAUACAACAGCCUUGGUAAAGAAUGAUUUGACUUGUAGUACGAACAUCUAUGCUUCACAAAUCAUUCAAUCUGCAGUUUGCAUAGAAGACGGUGUUGUUGAUGCGUUGUUGACAAACGCAAAUGGCUACACGGGGGGCUUCGGUCCCAUAAAUUGGAAAGCAGACCAAUCUUCUACUGUAGUGGCUAGUAGAGGAGUGUCGUAUUAUUGCGAUAUCAACAAUUAUCAGACUCGUUACCCGUUCAGUUUCCAAGUGCCGUUGCUGUUCUCUUCGACGAAUACGCAGUUAAGCGCAAGGAUUGUCAUACCAACUUCUAUAGUGUUAUCCAAUUCAUAUCUCAACUUUUGGACACAGUGCUACUAA